AUGGCAAACACCCCCUUCCACGCAGGCGCCACCGCCCUCAUAACUGGAGCUAGCAGCGGGAUUGGCUUCGCCGUGGCCCAAUUAUGUCGUUCCCACGACAUGAACCUCAUUUUGGUAGAUAUUCACGCGGAUAAUUUGGCUAAAGCCCACACCCUUCUUGGAGACACCGCAAAGGCGAAGACGUUGACCCAUGUUAUGGACGUUUCGGACGAGCCGUCGUGGGAGUAUCUACGCGCCAAAGUCGGAUUUAAUUUCCCAUCAGGUGUCGACUUGUUAAUGCUGAACGCGGGGUCCGUUUUCAAACCGAAGCAACCAGAAAAUCUGUGGGAAGAUUUGGAUUACUUUCAAAAGACCUUUGCGACUAAUUUAAACGGCGUGCUCAAUGGAAUCUGCACAUUCCUACCCCAGUUACGCGACAACGCUGGCAAAGGGCCCAAAGCAAUUGUCAUCACUGGUUCAAAACAAGGCAUCACAAACCCCCCGGGAGGAAAGAAUCCAGCAUAUAAUGCCAGUAAAUCAGCACUGAAAUCGCUCGCUGAGCACCUCGCUCAUGAUUUGCGCUCCAAUAGUGCCACCAAGAGCAUCCAUGUCCAUCUUCUAGUUCCUGGUUGGACAUUCACCGGCCUCACUGGGAGUGAAGGCCCUGUUCAUGAUGACCAGGCACGCGAGGCAAAGCCCAAGGGAGCGUGGCUUCCAAGUCAGGUUGCGACGUACAUGUAUGAAAAGAUGAAGAAAGGGAAAUUCUAUAUCAUUUGCCCCGAUGAAGACGUCAGCGAGUCAUUGGAUAAAGCUCGGAUGGCGUGGGCGAUUGGGGAUAUCACUGAGGAGCGCCCAGCUUUGUCACGGUGGGACGAGGAUUGGAAAGAGAAAGCGACUGAGUGGAUUAAUAAAGAAGCAGAAAGGCGAUAG